AUGCAGGCAUUUGCUGGACUCGUAGCUCUCUUACUAUCGACUCCAUGCUGGUAUGUUAUGCUCAAACGCAUUGAGCAGCGCGUGACUUCAAACUCUGAAAAUCUUCUUUCAGAGUUGCAAGCUCAACUUCACCACUCUACCAAACUAAAACGUCCCCUGAAUUCUUCGUCGACCAAUUUAGCUCGCCUUCUAGAUUCGACCUUCAACGAGACUAAUGUCUCCUUCUCUUUCAUUGAGACCAAAGUGGCUCCAAUGCUGUUUCAAGCGUUCCAGACGAUUCCUCACUUGACUGAAAUCUCAUAUAUUGAUAUGGAAGGUUUCUUCUUCUCAUACUACAUCGAUCAGGGUCAAACUCUUGCAUUGUACUCUAACUCUUCGUUUUCUUCUCCCGCGGGUGCUUCAAAAAUUAUGUAUGUUCAACCUGUAAACCCUAGCACCGGAGACUUUUAUGGUGAAGCUAGAAUAUAUGAACACCCUGUUGAUGCAAGUUGGAUUCAGGAAGCAAUCAAUAGUUCCUAUGGAUAUGCCUCAUUGGGAUAUGAGUGGAGCAACAAUCAUCAAAUUUUAUUUGUUAAUUCAGUGAGAAUAUCAAGAACAGCUGUGAUCUCGUUAGGGUUUGCAGCAACUUUAAUUGUUGAUUUUGUCACUCCUGUUGAGCGUCAAGGUGCAAGCUUAUUGUAUUUGGCUUCCAAAGAUGGGAAAGUGAUUCUCCGAGGAUUCCAAAGAGCCCAUAUGGUAUUCUCUAAUGAUACUGCUUCCCUGUAUUUAGUGAAAUCAAAUAAUGGCGACCGAAUGAGUUAUCAAGGCACUGUUUCAUGCAAGGAUGAAGCCUCUGCUUCAGUUUUGAAAAUUGGGGCUACUAAGUACUUGGCAAGCUGCUCAUCAAUUGAUGCCAUGGGAGUAGAGUUGGUGUAUGUCAUAGCUGUACCACAAAAUGGAUUGGUGGCCUUUGUACACAAGAGUAAAAAACUGGGGUUAGUGCUAAUGAGUGCUAUGAUGGUUACUAUAUUCAUCUCCAUCUCCAGUUUUCUAUUGUUAAAAGCUAUGGUGGGUUGGCGAGAGAUGCAUUUGUGUUCCUCUCUAAUCAAACAAAUGGAGGCCACUCAGCAAGCUGAGAGGAAAAGUAUGAAUAAGAGUCUUGCAUUUUCUAGGGCCAGCCAUGAUAUUCGUGCUUCUCUUGCUGGCCUUACCGGUUUGUUAGAGAUGUCUUAUGAAGAAGUUGUCCCUGAUUCAGAACUAGAGACUAAUCUGAAGCAAAUGGGUGCUUGUAUAAAAGACUUGCAAGGGCUAUUGAAUUCUAUUCUUGAUACAAGUAAAAUUGAGUCAGGGAAAAUGCAGCUCGAGGAACAUGAAUUUGAUCUAUCCCAGUUCAUAGAAGAUAAAGUUGACUUGUUCCAUCCUCUGGCUUUGAAGAAAGGUGUAGACCUUGUUUUGGACCACUGUGAUGGUUCGAUUAUCAAAUAUGCGCAUGUAAAAGGUGACGAAGGAAAGCUUCAACAAGUUUUGUGCAAUUUACUGAGUAAUGCUGUUAAAUUUACUGAUGAGGGACACAUAACAGUUCGAGUUUGGGCUCAAAAGCCAAGUUUUCAGAACUCAAUAAUUUCUUCUCAUAGAUACAAUUUCUUGAAACGCUUGUCAUGCUUAUUUUGCAAGAAAAAUGAAGCAAAUAUUGAUGUAGAAGCCGUGAAUACAAUCCAACAAGACCCACAGUACUUGGAGUUUGUGUUCGAGGUGGACGAUACUGGAAAAGGAAUUCCUAAAGAGAAGCAGACAUCCGUGUUUGAGAAUUAUGUUCAAGUCAACGAAACUGCUUUCGGACUAGAGGGCACUGGCUUGGGACUUGGUAUUGUGCAAUCAUUGGUACAUUUGAUGCAUGGAGAUAUUAGAAUUGUGGACAAGGAAAUUGGUGAAAAGGGAACGUGCUUUAGAUUCAGUGUCCUCCUUGCCCUAAGUGAGACAGUCACAGGUAGCAGUAGCACUAGAGAAGGUAAUGAUUUAAAUCAACCUCAGAGACAAGAUAUAAAUGGCCUUAGUUCUGGUUCUAGCAUUCGUUCCCCCAGUCCAAGAUUACCUAUUUUUGCCUCUAAUAGGUCUGGGGCUUCUUGUGUUGUUCUUCUGAUUCAAAAUGAGGAGCGUCAAAGGACUACCCAAAGGUUCAUAGAGGGAUUAGGGAUUAAAGUUAAGGUUGUGAAGCAAUGGGAACAUUUAUCUCACACUCUCAAGAAGAUCAAGCAAAGGGGUUGCAAUUCCAGCCAGAGUUCUACAGGAACAUCAUAUAUGAGUUCCCAGUCUACGCCUCAUAACUCUAAUUCCAGAGCUAAAGGGUUUCCUUUGAGUGCUGCAGAUGGAAUUGACUAUAUGUCCUCAAUUUUUAAGAAGUCAGAAGAUGAAGUUUCCUUGGGUUUGGUUCUACUUGUGAUUGAUGUAUUAGCAGGACCCUUUGCAGAACUUUGCAUAAUGAUAUCUGAGUUCAGAAGUGGCCUUGGAAAUCCUUGUAAGGUUGUUUGGUUAAAUAAGUCACUUAUUUGUUUGAUCCAGAUGACAUUGUGCUGUCCAAAACCAUUUCAUGGUACUCGUUUGUUCAACAUUAUCAAGCUUCUUCCUGAGUUAGGUGGCAAUUAUACAUGCAUAUCUAGAACUGCAAGAGCAAGGAGAGACAUUUUCCAUGAAACAAUGAGAAAAACAUUCAAAGAUUACAAUGUGUCAAGACAUCAAUCACCUGUAUUCGACAGAUCCGAAGUUCCCUCAAUUGAUGCACCCCCAUUUCUAGAUGUAGAGCUGCAAAAGUGUGACAGUUCAUGGAGAACAGAGCAACUGGAUUCUUAUGGUAGGUCCAAAGGAAGGAAUUCUCAGGUUGAUCAUGGAGAGAUACAAGAAUGCAGUGCUUCAGGCAGUGACAAGCCAUUGAGUGGCAUGAAAUUUUUGGUUGUUGAUGACACUGAAAUUCUGCGUAGGAUAGCUUUGAAGACUCUAGAACAAUUAGGUGCAACAAGUGUGGAAUGUAAGAAUGGUGGAGAUGCAGUGAACCUCGUUGAAGAGGGUCUAAGGGUGGCUUUUCCCCAUCCGCCUUAUGAUUAUAUCAUAAUGGAUUGUGAGAUGCCGGUAAUGGACGGGUUUGAGGCAACAAUGCGGAUAAGAAAGGUGGAGAGGAAUUAUGGAGUUUACAUCCCCAUCAUGGCAUUAACAGCUCACACCUCCAGGAAGGAGACGAAUAAGAUCAAAGAGGCAGGAAUGGAUGCUCAUUUAAGCAAGCCACUAAAGAAAGAGCAUUUGCUGGAUGCAAUCAAAAGCAUGGACAAUAAAUAGUAUGAGACAUAGCUCUUCAAGUUCAAAAUAUAAGCAUUUUCUCCUAAUUAAUUUUAGUUCAAAAUAUAAAUAAUUUAGCAUUUCAAUUUUUUUUAUUUUAUUCCUUAUAUUUUUUAACCUAAAUUCU